AUGUCAGACUCCGAAGUUAUUCAAGAAUUGAAAAAUUCAUUAAAUCAAUACCCUAACUUCCCUCAAGAAGGUAUUCUAUUUGAAGAUUUUUUGCCUAUAUUUCGCUCUCCCGAUUUAUUUAACAAAUUAAUUCAGGUAUUUAAGAAUCAUAUUGAAAAGAAAUUUGCAAGUGUUAAGAUUGAUUAUGUUGUUGGUCUUGAAGCCAGAGGAUUUUUAUUUGCUCCUACUUUAGCACUAGCAUUAAACGCAGGAUUUAUCCCAGUGAGAAAACAGGGCAAGUUACCAGGCAAAACAGUUUCUGCUACAUUUCAAAAAGAAUAUGGUGAAGAUGUAUUUGAGAUUCAAAGUGAGGAUAUUAAGACCAACGCCAAUGUUAUCAUUGUAGACGAUAUAUUGGCCACUGGCGGUUCGGCUGGCGCUGCUGGUAAUUUGUUUCAGAAAGUCAACGCAAAUAUUUUGGAGUUUAUCUUUGUGAUGGAGUUAGAUUUUUUGAAAGGAAGAGACAAAUUGCCGGCUCCUGUUUACACAUUAUUUGGCGACCAGAAAGAAGCUUUGAAAUAA